AUGGUUGUUCUCACCGCCGAAAGACUUGUAAAGCUUGCUUACAAGUACCCAACGCUUCACAGCAACUGGUACAUCAUCGCGUCCACAGCGUUGGCUGUGGUUAACCAGCCUCAAGAGAUUGGAAAGGUUCUUCAUUUUGCAUUGAGACAACAGCUUUUGGAGUCGCUGAAUCCUCAAGAUAAGCCACUUUUGACCGAUCCAUACUUGUUGAAGCUCGCAGAAGACUCGAUUUCCUCUGCAGCCAAGUUCGACGAAUUCACCGCCGUCGGCGUAAAUUUGCCUGAUAUCUUGAUACCUUACACUUACCACGACAAGCUUCCACUCCCAUAUAAGUACUCGAGAACCGAAGACAUUACUGCUGCUCAAAUCCAGGUCGCUGCUAGAAUUCGUGAGGCUCUCUUAAAGAUCGCUCCAAUUGCUGGGUUGCCCAAGUCUAUCAAUGCUUUGACUGCGCUCCACAAGGUGACCCCAUCUACCGUAAGGGCAGCUAAUAAAGCAAUGAGGCCUGCAACCAUACUGCCAGGACAUGUCAAUUCGUCUUCUAUUGUUCAAGAAGAUGUCGCAGGUACAAGAUUCGAAGACCAGCUGAUCGACACUAGAGAUACAAUUGAUGGGCCAAUUUGCAAGAAAUCGGUCAACAGCCAGCAAAUUAGUGACAAUUUUGUCCGGGGCUCCGCCUUCUGGGAAAAUGUUUAUGGCAAGGUCAGUAGCCGUGUGAAGAAUCAGAUGUUCAGUGCUUAUCCUGAUUUAUGGCAGUAUGCUAUUCACAAUGUCUAUUCACCUAUCUUGAGCUACGAAGAUAUCUUGCCUGCCAAAGAAACAUCUUUCUGCGUUGUGACUGCUUUGAUACCACAAGAUGUCCCACCAACUCUCAAAGGACAUGUCAGAGGUGCUGUGAACUUGGGCGCCACCAAAGAAGAGUUAACAAACAUCAGGCUUCUUGUCUUUGAUGUCUGUGAUUGGAGUGGUAACAUCACCUGGAAAGGCGGCAAAGAGAGCGUAUAUAAGCUUUGA